AUGUCUCUCACACAAUUACAAAACCUACUACCUCUACCACAGGAAGACUUAAAGCAAGUACUGGAUUAUGCAAAUACACUUUCCAAACCCGCCGCCGCAGAACACUUCAACAAUCUACUAGGAGAAUCACCCGGCAGUAUCGAAUUUAUAUCUUCAUUCAACUCUAGACGACAAGAUCCUACCAUCAAAUCAAAUCCGCAGACUCAGACAUACUCACAAGCAUCAGCACAAUCUUCCGCCCAAGCAUCGACAACCACCGGAGUACCGAAAUCAACUCGAGCACCAAAAAAAAAGAAGGCACCUAUUCAUACUCCAGCACCACGCCAAAUACAAGAUACAUAUGCGGGGCAAGGAACGGUAUAUAAAAAGAAAGACGAAGACGAUUAUGUAUCUCGAAAAUCCACUCCUGUAUCUUCCUCAAAGUCUGCAGCAGCAAUCAAUUCUUUCGCACUCGACAGCACUCCCUCCGCGAUCCAGGCACCCACCCCUCGUCCUCCUCCUUCUGCAGCUGGCAGCCUAAUAUCAGAUUUUGGAAAGAAAUCCAAAUCUACCUCUUCCUCUCGCGCCGCAUCUCAAAAUCCUUCUCGCAAUGCUUCUCCAGCUCCAAAAACAAAAGUCAACAUUACAGGCGGAAAUGCCAUGCACGGCGCCUCAACCGUCCUUAAUGAUCUCGACGCCGCGAUCCGCACACUCGAAAUAUCCACAAAUGCUUCCCUCUCUGCCGACCCCUCAAAAAGAAAAUGUAACUGCAUAGCAACCCGUCAUCCAUUGCUAGCCGCCGCGCCCAAUUGUCUCAACUGUGGAAAAGUAAUCUGUGUAAAAGAAGGUCUUGGUCCAUGUACAUUCUGCGGAUCUGCUAUUCUGGGCAAAGACGAAAUCCAAUCCAUGAUCCGCACACUCAAAGAAGAGCGCGGGGUUGAGAAACAAAGAUUAGACGCCUCUUCUCAUCGACGAGCUGAAGUAUCUCGAACACCUGCGCCUUUCUCUGCGCCAAAAACUCUAGAUAUGACACCUGCGGAACAAAAAGCUAAAGAACAUCGCGAUAGGUUACUAGGAUUCCAGGCACAGAAUGCGAAGAGAACGACGGUUAGAGACGAAGCUGCGGAUUUCGAUACAAGUUUAGCAACUAGUAUGGCGGUGGGGGGAGGAAGUGGAAUGGGUGGUAUGUGGUCUAGUCCAGCUGAGAGAGCAAGGGAAUUGAAGAGACAGCAGCGAGUUCUAGCUGAACAGGAAUGGAACGCCAGACCGGAAUAUGAAAAGAGGAGACAGGUUGUUAGUGUAGAUUUAGUGAAUGGGAAAGUGGUGAAACGAAUGGCGAAGAUUGAGACGCCGAAGUUUGAGAGUGAUGGCGAAGAUAAUGAUGAUGAAGAUGUUGUGGAAAUGGAACUAGUUUCGGGAUCGGGACAUAAUGGGGGUGGUGGAACGUUUAGUCGUAACCCAUUGCUAGGGGGUCUUAUUAAACCUGUUUGGAGUGCAGGGAAGGGGAAGGGGAAGGAAACGGAGACGGAGGUGGAGGUGGAGGGGGAUGCAUAUACUAGGAAAAAGAAAACGUGGAGGAGAGUACAGCAUGAUAUGGAUGAUAAUGAGGAUAUUAUAUUAGAUGGAGGAGCUUUUGGUGGGGGUAAAGGACCUGGGAAGGGAAAUAGAAGGGAGGGGGUGGAGGAACAUGCUGUUGGUUCAGAUUGGUAG